AUGUCCUCUUCCGAACCUACGUCGCGUACUCGUCAAUCAUCACAAAUCUACCGCUUCCCGAUCCUUCCACCAUCACAUUACCACGGUUCGCCUGCACCUUAUGCUCAACCUGUCGAAUUAACUUCUUUCUCGUUCGACGGUACUCGUACACUUCAUCUUGACGAUCGCGAACUCAGGUACUACUACCCACCCGACCUCACAUCUUGUGACCUCUCUGAAGGAUAUGAUACAUUUAUCCAACGAGACGACUCUACGCCGGAUCCGAUUGAUGCCUUACUCGAUGCAUUGGUUGAUUAUGAAAAGACGGUUGGAGACAAAGUUGCAAGAAAGACGAAUUUUGUGACGUGGAGGGGAAUAAUCACAAAAAUUCUCUGCACACCUUAUAAUAGGAAUGAGCCAUGGGUACUAGGUGCAACUUUGUGGAAUGGAUUCAAUGAUAGAAAAGUGAGAUACAUGAACGAACAUCUUACUUCGCGAAGAAAAGCUGAAAUAGAAAGUGCAACACCUCGUCAUAAACUGAUGACAUAUUGGGGUUACAAAUUCGAGAAUCUCUGCACAGUUUCCGCGAAACCAUCAGAAAUUACUUCACCUGAUCACCCCGAACUUCUCUCACGAAAGUCAAGCGUAGUAAAUAACAAUGUCCAGUAUUGCUCUGUGGCAAAAGCUGCUUUGGGUAAAAAUAAAAUCAUUAUAGGAGCAGAAGUUGAUUGUCUAAGUGAUGUAAAGCCUGAAAAGGGUGAGAAUCCGAUUGAGAGAUAUAUCGAAUUGAAGACUUCGAAAGUGAUGACAAGAGAUAAAGAUAAGAUUAACUUUGAAAGAUAUAAGCUCAUUAAAUACUGGACCCAAUCGUUUUUGAUCGGAAUUCCACGAAUAAUAGUUGGAUUCCGAGACGACAAUGGAUUCGUAAAACACUUGAAAGAAUACAAAACAUUAGAGAUCCCGCGCAUGGUCAGAGGAAAGCGGAACAUGUGGGAUGCAAACGUUUGUUUGAAUUUUGCAAACAGCUUCUUAUCAUGGCUGAGGGUUGUUAUAGCAGAAGAUGAUCCAAGAGCUAGCUACUUGAUACGAUUUAAGGAGCCAUUUAGGGAAAUAGAAGUACUUUUUAUGGGUUGUAAUGGAACAGCUGCGGUAAAUGAGAGGUUUUUGGGGGUGCUAUGA